AUGUUCUUCCACGCCAUUUUGGUACUUAUACAGGUAGCGUUAGCAUUAGGGGCAUCUCCCAGGGCCGGUAGUAGCGAGAGGAGCAAAUACUUUGUUACCAGCCUACCGGGAAUGUAUCUGAAUCUACCCAAGGAAGAGAUUCCAAUCAUGUUUUCAGGACAACUUGAAUUGUUUCCCGAGAAUAAUACCCACUAUUACUUUUGGAAGUUUGUAAAUCCAAAUCCCAUUGCAGAAGCAGAGAGAAGAACGAUAUUCUGGUUGAAUGGUGGUCCAGGGUGCUCAUCUAUGGACGGUGCGUUGAUGGAAGCCGGUCCCUUCCGUGUCAAUGACGACAAAGAAAUAGUUUACAAUAACGGAUCGUGGCAUAAAGCCGGCGACAUAGUAUUUGUUGACCAACCAGCUGGCACCGGAUUUAGUUACUCGGACGAAUAUGAGCACGAAUUGCCGGAUGUCAGUGUUCAUUUUCUCAAAUUCUUGGAAAAGUAUUUCGAAGUUUUCCCUGAAGACCGUCAAAACCAAAUAUUUUUUGCGGGAGAAAGUUAUGCUGGACAGUACAUUCCAUACAUCGCCGAUGGUAUCCUUAAGCGCAACAAAAACUUGAAGGCUGGUGAGUCACCUUACGAUCUUCGCGGACUCUUGAUCGGUAAUGGUUGGAUAGCUCCCAACGAACAAAGCUUAUCUUACGUUCAAUAUGCUCUUCAGGCCGGAUUUGUAUCACCAUCGAUGCCUGGCUGGUCGCGACUCUUGGCACUGCAGGAACGGUGCCAGAACGUGGUUAACCUGGUUAACACGCAAGACGAUAGCGUUUCUGAUUACAAGGUGGUUUCUGACGUUUGUGACCAAGUUUUAAAUACAUUGUUGGAAGUGGCUAGGGAUAGAGAUGCGCCCGCUGAUCAACAGUGUGUUAACAUGUAUGACUACACUUUGCGAGAUGAAUUUCCUUCGUGCGGAAUGAACUGGCCUCCUGACUUGGUCAAUGUGAAACCUUUCCUCAACAUUCCUGGAGUUCAAUCUCAGUUGAAUCUCGUGCAUAAGAAGCCAUGGCUUGAAUGUUCGGGGAGAGUAGGCAGAAACUUUGUUGCACAGCGGUCCAAACCGGCAGUCCAUCUUCUUCCUUCCCUUUUGGAAGAUGUGCCUAUUUUGUUGUUCAAUGGUAACAGAGAUAUCAUUUGCAACUAUAUAGGUACCGAAGCGUUCAUCAAGGAGUUGGAGUGGAAUGGCCAGAAAGGAUGGGACGACGAUAAUGUAUUUGAUUGGAACUUUGAUGGUAAUCUUGCGGGAUACGUUCGAAAUUCAAGAAACUUGACGUUUGUGAACGUUUUCAACUCUUCGCAUAUGGUGCCCUUUGAUUUGCCUGACACAUCACGGAGUUUAAUGGACUUGGUCACCGGUAAUUUUGACAUUAAAGAUGACAAGAUCUUGACAUACAAGUUGGGAACUCGUGGACAAGCCAAGCAGAGCGACAAAAAACCAGCAUCAACUUCAUCAAUUCCGUCCGAAAUCUCUGCUACUGCAUUGGCUUCAGGCUCUUCGUCCGCUUCGGCUCAAGCAUCUGCGACUGCCAAUGAAGCCGACGGUGAUAACAACACAUCGCAUAAGAUCGAGCGGGCUAUACAAUUACUCGUCAUCAUUGUUCUCUUGUGGGGCAUAUAUGCACUUUAUUCCUCCUACAAGUCGCGGCCAUCACUGAUUAUCAAAUCAGGUCCAACAGGUAAAAAGAAGAAUGUGCAAUGGGCGGAUCAGCUCCGCAGAUUCCAGGAGGACGAUCAGGUGCGUGUACAACCACAUGGCAUUUUUGCUAAAGCAUUAAACAAAUUCAAAGGUAAUCUGGAUGGAGCAUAUGCCCCAGUUCAAGGACGCUACGAAGACAUUGAGAUGUCAUCAGCAUCACCAAUCGACGACUUUGUGGUGGUAAGUGACGACGAAGAGGAGGAACCGUCUAGAAACGAGCCAUCCAGCAACCAGAAAUAG